CAAUGUUAACUCCAAAUUUUGAAUUGGAUCAAACUGAUGAUUAUUUAAUCAUAAAAAUCAAAGCUAGAUUUGCUAAUGUCAACGAAACAGAAGUUGAUGUUAAUGGUACUCAAGUCACAUUUCAUUCCUCACCAUAUUACUUAUGUCUUAAUCUACCUGGUGAAGUAGAAGAAACUGAUUCUUCAUCUGGGUCUUAUGACUGGGAUUCAUAUGUCUUUACUUUUAAAUUAAAUAAAGUUAAUCCAGGAGAGCAUUUCCCAGAUUUAAAUCUCAUAAACAAAUUUUUAGCACCAAGAAAAAAUUCUCGAACAAUUAAUCCGUCUAUCGAAGUUCUCAAUGAAAAUUAUGAAGAUGAUGAUGACAGCGCUAUAGAUUGUAACUUUUUACAAAAUCCUGUAUCUGAUGAAAACAUUAAUUGUAUGAAAUAUGGAUUUGCCAAUCAAACUCAAAAUGGAUUCAAUAAUUUUUCUGAUGAAUUUUUUGAGAUUAUUGAAAUCAAAGAUCCCGAUAAUUUAAAUCUUGGAAAAAGAAGAUCAUUGCAAAUUGCAUCAGAAAUAUCAGAAUUUUCUGAUGAUCAUUAUUUGGCAGAUUUGAUGACGGAACCUGAUGAACUUAAAGAUAUCUUAAACUUUAAACCAUUUUGGUAUGAUGCAACAUUUACCUUAAAUGAUUCUCAUACUGAUAUUUUAAAAUCAUUUGGUAAUAAAGAAUACUUAUUAAGCAACGAUGAUAAAAAAUCAGCCUUACUCUCAUUGGUAGAUAUCAUGUAUGCAUAUUGUUAUUGUAUUCGAACAAACUUUGGUGAAGAAAAUUCUGAAUCCCCUUGGAUAAUCAACAAAAUCUCAUCUACACUUUCUUGGUUUCGUAGUUUUGAAACGUUUGAUGAGGCUAUACAAUCGUGUAUCAGACGAAGUUUGUGUUAUCCUUUGUACAGACAUUGGGAUUUAAGCAUUUUAGUGCUUUCUGAUGUUCGUAAAGUAUUUGAAAAUGGAUGUGUUUGUUUACUUACAUGUUUGUUGGAUAUAUACAARUUAUUUAACUUGAGUGAACCCAGAUAUGUAUUGAACCAACUGUACAUUAAAGACUAUUGUAUAUGGAUUCAGCAAUUGAAGAGUACACAUUUUGAUACCAUAGUUAAACUUAUUGAUGAAAAUAAAGUCAAUAAAGGACUUUUACAAUUAGAUUUAGAAGAAUUGGAAGUGGCCGCAAUGAGUGUAGAGGAAGAUCUAGAACUUUUAAAAUUGGAACUUGCCCAAAACGAUAACAGCAAUAGUAUUGAGUCUAAACUGGAAAAGUUACAUAUUUCAAGCUCAGAAAGUAGUUUAGAUUCUGAUGACGACGAAGAAGAAUCUUCAGAAUAAMAUUUUUAUAUUUAUAUAAUUUUAUGCCAUGUAUUAUUAUACUGAUGUAUACAAUUAAUAAUUUCAUUAAUUUGUUCUGUAAUAUAUUUAUUUAUUAUUUACCCUACAUUUUUAGUCAAAUAUUUAUUUGUAAGAAUUCUAAAUUCAAUCCAUAAGUCAUGAUUACAUAUUAUUACAAUGCCUGUUAUGAGUACAUUAUACUAUAUUUUUAAGGC